AGGAAGUGAGAAAGAGGCGACGGCGACUCGGCGAGAGGUAACCACUAACCACCAACUUAGAAUUCCCAAUCCAAACCCCCACUGCGUGGACCCUUUCUCCCGUCGGAGUCUGUAGGAGCACCCCAAUUUCUGUCUCUUCGUCUCUCUCCCGUUGUCUGAUGACCCAUCUUCCCCUUCCCCUGUUUUCAUCCGCGGUUGCUUCGUAGGAGAAAUAGAUCAUGGCGUCCAAGGGCCACGUACUGCCUGUUUCAUCGUUGGCAGGCGAUUCAUCAAGAGAUGAGAGUCUCUUUAAGGGCUCUGGGAUGACGAAAAGAGGGGCUUAUGCUGCUGUCUCCUACAUGACAUGUGCAGUGCUUCUGGUGAUGUUCAACAAAGCAGCUCUUUCGUCAUAUAAUUUCCCUGCUGCAAAUGUCAUUACCUUGCUUCAGAUAACAUGUUCAACUUCAAUUCUAUAUGCCAUGAAGCGUUGGAAGAUAAUCUCAUUCUCGGUGGGAGAUACAUGGGCUUCUGAUAGUUUGUCACCUCUCCUUGUACCAUUUGAAACUUUGCUUCAUACACUUCCUCUUUCAAUAUCCUAUAUGCUAUACAUGCUGGCAACAAUGGAAUCUGUUCGUGGAGUGAAUGUUCCUAUGUACACUGCACUUAGACGGACAACCGUGGUGUUUACAAUGAUUGUUGAAUACCUUCUCACUGGACAGAAGUACUCUUAUUAUGUGGUUGGCAGUGUGGGGUUGAUUGUUUCUGGAGCAUUCAUUGCUGGCGCUCGGGACUUGUCGUUUGACUACUAUGGAUAUGCCAUGGUUUUCAUAUCAAACAUAACAACUGCAAUUUACCUAGCAACAAUCGCUCGAAUUGGUAAAACUAGUGGCCUUAACAGCUUUGGUCUCAUGUGGUGUAAUGGACUUGUAUGUGGGCCACUUAUUCUACUCUGGACAUUUAUUCGGGGUGAUUUGGAGUCAACCAUGCAAUUUCCUUAUUUAUUUACUCCAGGCUUUCAGGUGAUAAUGCUACUUUCUUGUGUAAUGGCCUUCUUCCUUAACUACAGCAUAUUUUUGAAUACGACGCUUAAUUCUGCUCUCACACAGACUAUGUGUGGUAACUUGAAGGAUUUCUUUACUGUGGGAAUCGGUUGGGUUCUAUUUGGAGGACUGCCUUUUGACAUUCUGAACGUCUUGGGUCAAUCUCUUGGUUUUGUUGGUUCUGGUUUCUAUGCUUACUGCAAACUAAAGGGCAAGUAGCUUCAUUGUCAGCAAAAGAGUGGACAAUGACGUGCAAGUGGCAUCGCUGCUACUGUUUCAUUUUUUGGUGGCUGUUGAUGUUUAUAUAACAGUCACAGGAGAGUGUGAGGAUGAAAGGGCAAAAGUGCAUAUGGCUUUCCAGUAACAUUAGGCACUUUAUCGUGAGUCUGAACAAUCUUUGCUUCUAGUUUGGGUACAGAGAAGCCCUGGGAUCAUGCUCACCUUGGGACUGCAAAAGGAGCUAGCAAACCAUGUUUUUGAGGAUGAUUAGCCAUUGAGGUUGAAUUUGCAGGACUGUUUCUCUGCAGAUCGGUCCCUCCAUCUUUAGAUAAUUUUCAUUCUUCUUGCAUUCUGUUGGAUUGGAUACAAGAUACUGAUUCACAUUGGUUUCUGCCAGGCUGCGUUAAUCUAUCUGUAACUCUGAGUUCUGUUAUAUGUAAAUCAAUCCACGGCUUGAAAGCCGACAUGCUAAAUAACGUUACUAGUUCAUUUUUAAUGCUGCUAUUUUGGGACUCUCA